GUAUAUGAUGUGACUACAAGCCAAUCAUUAUACUCGUAUCCUAAAUGUGCGAAUCCCCGUAAAUUACUAUUGCAUUGUGGGACUUCUUGUACGGUCUUUUCUGAUCCAUCUCUGAAGCCAUCAUGACUCUGGUUCUACCUGAAAAGUUUCAGCACAUCUUGCGUGUUCUGAACACCAACAUUGAUGGCAGACGCAAGAUCAUGUUUGCCCUCACCGCCAUCAAGGGUGUAGGAAGACGUUACGCCAAUGUUUGCUGUCGAAAGGCCGAUAUUGACCUGACCAAACGUGCUGGUGAAUUGACAGAAGAAGAGGUUGAGAAGGUGAUCACCAUCAUCGGCAACCCGCGCCAGUACAAGAUCCCCGACUGGUUCCUGAACAGGCAGAAGGACGAGCGCGACGGCAAAUUCAGUCAGGUCCUGGCCAACGCCCUGGACAACAAACUCCGCGAGGACUUGGAGAGACUGAAGAAGAUCCGGGCCCAUCGCGGUCUGCGUCACUACUGGGGUCUGCGUGUCAGAGGACAGCACACCAAGACCACUGGCAGAAGAGGAAGAACAGUGGGUGUGUCCAAGAAGAAGUAGACCAAUCAGAGCCCAAGAUUGUCAACAUGGGGGUGUGUCCUUGAGGGAAGCGGCCAAUCAGACAACAUCGUGCAUAUACUGCCCUUCUUGUGCCAAAGGGGGCAAACAUGGCUCAACAGACCUUUGUCAAGUUACAUUUCAUUGGAAUUUUGAAGUAAAAAGUUGCAAGGGACAUAUUUUGCGAGAUCAAUAAAUGCCCAAAACAGGGAAUAUUUGGUAAAAAGGA